UUUCAUCUUUUGCCACCAAGGAGUCCCCAGCCCCAGAUGUCAGGGGGGCUGAAACUUGGGCUCUCUGGAGGAAACGUUGCAGAUGAGGAAAAGCAGCUGAAGGAGCGGCUCUGGUAAAUAGGCAGGAUCUUCUGCCUUUUGGAAAAUGCAUUUACCACACUCCUUGGCAAGCCCUUCAGAAGGAACAGAAUGUGUUAGCUCCCAGAGAUGAACACAUCCUCUCAAUUCAAUGUUUCUGAACUAAACCUGAGUGCCUUCGGUAGCAACUUUACUGUGCCUACUGCGAAGAACAAGUCAUCACCAUGUGAGCAAGUGGUCAUCUCAGCUGAGGUGUUCCUAACUCUGGGCAUUGUAAGCCUCCUUGAAAACAUACUAGUUGUAUGUGCAAUAGUUAAGAACAAGAACUUGCACUCACCCAUGUAUUUUUUUGUUUGCAGUUUAGCAGUGGCUGACAUGCUGGUUAGUGUCUCUAAUGCUUGGGAGACCAUAACCAUAUACUUAAUAAACAAUAGACACAUCAUCAUGGAAGAUGCCUUUGUCCGUCAUAUAGACAAUGUCUUUGAUUCCAUGAUCUGUAUAUCUGUGGUGGCUUCCAUGUGCAGUUUGCUGGCUAUAGCAGUAGACAGAUAUAUCACUAUCUUCUACGCCCUGCGUUAUCACAACAUUAUGACAGUGAAAAGGUCGGGGCUCAUUAUUGCAUGCAUCUGGACCUUUUGCACGGGCUGUGGCAUUAUCUUCAUUCUUUACUAUGAGUCAACUUAUGUGGUCAUUUGUCUCAUCACUAUGUUUUUUACCAUGCUGUUCCUCAUGGUCUCACUGUACAUCCAUAUGUUCCUCCUGGCUCGUACUCAUGUGAAGAAAAUCGCUGCUUUGCCUGGGUACAACUCUGUCCGUCAAAGAACCAGCAUGAAAGGAGCCAUCACUCUGACUAUGCUUCUUGGCAUCUUCAUUGUUUGCUGGGCUCCAUUCUUCCUUCAUCUCAUCCUGAUGAUCUCCUGCCCUCAAAACCUCUACUGUGUUUGCUUCAUGUCUCACUUCAACAUGUACCUCAUCCUCAUUAUGUGCAACUCGGUGAUCGACCCCUUGAUCUACGCCUUUCGUAGCCAGGAAAUGAGGAAGACCUUCAAAGAGAUAAUUUGUUGCUAUAGCCUGAGAAUGCUCUGUGGGUUAUCAAACAAAUAUUAAGAUAACAAAACCAAACCAGGGAAGAGACUGGAAAAGCAACAUCUUCCUGCAUCCUGUAAUUCUGGUGAAAUGCCUAUGGAACAUUUUCUCCAUUCAGCUGUCAUGAUUCCCACAACAAUCAGAAACCCUUUUUAAAAGUGUGAUUUUUACAUUUCUUUCCCUCCACACACCUCUCUCAUGCUGGUGGUUGGAGCUACUCAGUCCAUCUGUAUUAUCGGGAUAAAGGAUAUUUUGAAUCUCAUUUACUCUAUUGAAGAUUGGCAUUUAUAAGAGGGUUAUACAGGGAAAACCUUGUUUUUAUUUCUGCUAAAUGCAAUGAGUGAGUU